AUGACUGCGGCCAUGGUGAAGAUGCUGGUGUUACUUGCUCAGAGGAGGGAGGGAUGGCGACAGCGAGUCAUCAGCUGGGCAGGGAGGAGGAGCGACGUCAUCGGCGGAGCAAGGGGGCAGAGCGACGUCAUCGGCGGAGCAGGGGGGCAGAGCGACGUCAUCGGCGGAGCAGGGGGGCAGAGAAAUGUCCUCAGUAGGGCGGAAGGGAGGGCAACAGAGAUCCCUGCUCUGGGCUUGUGCCCUCUCCAAGGUGUUAUUCCAGUUGCCGAGCAGUUCCUCAAGCUGAAGUUUGGUCCUGCUUCAGGACAAAGGCAAUCACUUGCCAUAGCGCUGCCUGUUCUGCUGCAUCCAUAUUUGACAGUAGCAGUGUACACUGUAAUUAACACCAAGCUGAACGACGCAUCAAGGACCAGGAUACUGAGACUUUAUCUUAGUUUAAUGCUCAUCUGUGUUCUUAGAGCUUCUCUGCUGGCUGAUGGCGCUAACAUACGACUUGCUGGUGGCAAUCACUCCUGCUCUGGUAGAGUGGAAGUGUAUUAUAAUAACCAGUGGGGAACGGUGUGUGAUGACAGUUGGUACAUGAACAAUGCGCAGGUGGUGUGUAGACAGCUUGGAUGUGGUAAUGCUGUCAGCACACCUCAAUGUGCUCACUUUGGUCAGGGAAGUGGCUCAAUAUGGCUGGAUAAUGUUCAGUGUUCUGGAAGACAGUGCUCUCAUAAUGGAUUUGGAAAACACAACUGUGGCCAUGUUGAAGAUGCUGGUGUUACUUGCUCAGUCCAUAAUGAAAUCAGGCUGGUGAAUGGUCCGAGUAACUGUUGUGGUCGAGUGGAGAUCAAGCACAAUGGCCUUUGAACAGUGUUUGAUGAUGACUGGGACUUCAAGGAUGCAGAGGUGGUGUGUAGAGUAGUGAUGGGAAAUGGAGAUGUCAACGAGGAAGAUGAGGCUCUCCCCUUCACGCAGCUGAUUGCGCACUGUGAGAGCGCCCGCCGCGCAACCUCCAUCCUGCUUCUGCUGCUCGCCACAAUCACCUCAGGAAUGAAUACACUGCUUGACCUGCACUGCUCACCCAUCCCUCUCACCUUCCACCUCCCCACUUCACCUCUACUCUACUGGAGCUAUGACCCAAAGGCCACCCCGCGCAGCCAGAUGGACCGGCUCCUUCGCAUCGCCAAGCGGUGGCUCCAGCCAGAGCGCCUAACGGCCAUGGAGGUCGUUGAGCGGGUGGCUAUGGACCGGAGGGAGGCCCACAGUCCCAGUGAAAUGCUGGAGGCCCUGGAGCGAGCGGUGGCUAUGCUAAAGAUUGGCAGGGGUGAUCUCCGGGAUUUCCCACGACCUUUGCCAGCCCGGCAGCCGAAUCUGCACCACCAAGGGGAGGGGAGACCCAACCAUGGCCGCUCCGCCUAUGGAACGCCAGGCCCUGCCCCUCCGCGACGCGUGGAGAAACCCUGGCUAACCGGAUGUGCCCUCCACAAAACAACUCCUCCUUUACUCACCAUACCGGUUAAAGUUAACGGCAAGCCUGUCUCGGCCCUCUUGGACUCAGGAAGCACGACGUCCGGGAGGUCCCAGCAGCUCAAAACAGAGCGUCGAGGUCAGCCCCAGAAACUCUUGGUGGUGCCCAGCAGCCGCACCCAGGCCCUCAUGCACCUUGCCCAUGCUCACCCUCUGGGGGGGCACUUGGGGUCCUGGAACACCUUAGAAAAACGCUACCCCAAAGCAGUUCCACUUCGGAAGUCCACCUCUCAGAACAUUGCCCGUGAGCUCCUACUCCUCUUCAGCCUGGUGGGCAUAGCCAAGGACAUCAUCACCGACCAACGUGAAACACCUGAGGACAUCCGUACAUUGCAGAUGAAAGAUGUCCUGAAGGGAUGGAAGUUUGUUGCCAAUGAUGACUUCAGCUGUCCUCACAACUCUCUGAAGGGCCUUGCGAUCGAGGAAAUCGUUGAUGUAUUAGGGGGCGUGGCUGACCUCCUGUGUCCUCCUGUAGUCCACAAUCAUCUCUUUGGUUUUGCUGACGUUGAGGCAGAGAGGAUGGUUCUGAGGGCGGUAGAUGAGGAAGGGAUGAAUUGGGACCUACUCCUCCCCUACGUCCUCUUCACCAUUUGGGAAACCCCACAAGCCACGAUGGGUUUUGCCACCUUUGAACUGCUCUUUGGACAGUGGCCUCGAGGACUGCUGGACGUGGCCUGGGAAGCAUGGGAAGAGCAGCCCUCCCCCCAUUGCUCCCUCAUCGAGUGUGUCCAGAACAUGCAGUCACACAUCGACAGGCCCCGAGAGUUUCAGCCUGGUGAUAAGGUCCUUCUGCUGCUCCCAGAUGCCACCUGCAAGUUUCUGGCCCGGUGGCAGGGCCCGUUCACAGUCCUUGAGAAGGUGGGUCCCAUAAAUUAUCACCUGCAACAGCCAGGGGAGGAACUCAUGCCGGCCCAAAGCCAAGAAUUGGCUGAGUUGGUGGACCAGUUUGCGGAUGUCUUCUCCUCCAACCCUGGCCUUACCCAUCUGGUCCACCAUGACAGUAAAACGCCGCCGGGAGUCAUGGUCCGUCAACGGCCCUGCCGCGUUUCAGAUGCUCGUCGUAAGGCAAUCAAGGAAGAGGUCAGCCGGAUGCUCCGGGAUGGGGUUAUUGAAGAAUCCACCAGCCCCUGGUCCAGCCCUAUCGUGGUGGUGCCCAAACUCGAUGGGAGUAUCCGGCUGUGCAACGACUUCCGGAAGCUGAACCAGGUAUCGGUGUUCAACAGCUAUCCCCUCCCUAGGGUCGACGACCUGGUGGAGCUAUUGGGGAGGGCCCACUUCAUCUCCACUCUAGAUCUGACUAAAGGAUACUGGCAGGUAGCCCUAAGGCCAGAGGCCAAACCCAAAAACGGCUUUCUCCACCUCCGGCGGCCACUGGCAGAGAAUAAGGUGGAGGCCAUGCGUGAGUACCUAAAGCCCACCACCAAAAAACAGGUACGUGCCUUUUUGGGGUUGGCCGCUUAUUAUAGACGUUUUGUGCCUAACUUUUCCUCUAUUGCCUCCCUCCUCUCUGAUCUCACUAUGAAAAGCCAGCCGGACCGGGUGCAAUGGAGUUGGGAGGCCGAGCAGGCAUUCGAGGAAUUAAAACGGGCCCUAACAAGCUCCUCAGUACUGCGAAACCCCGACUUCAGCCUCCCCUUCAUAGUCCAGACAGACGCCUCCAAGACAGGGCUGGGGGCCGUUCUUUUGCAAGUCUUCGAAGGGGAGGAGCACCCGGUCCUCUUCGUAAGCCGCAAGCUAACCCCCGCAGAAAGGAACUACACCCCGGUAGAAAGGGAGGCCCUAGCCAUCAAAUGGGCCAUAGAGGAGCUCAAAUAUUACCUCGCUGGACAACCUUUCACCCUGAUAACCGACGAUGCUCUGCUCCAGUGGAUGGCGAAGGCUAAAGACACCAAUGCCAGGGUAACGUGGUGGUUCCUCUCCCUUCAAGACUACCACUUCAUGGUACAACAUCGAGCGGGGGCUCAGCAUGGUAAUGCAGAUGGGCUCUCCCGGCACUACUCACUCUGGGCCCAUCGCAAGCCGGCUGUUGGCUCGGGGCUGAGGAGGGGUCACUGUGACGGCAAGCCGGCAGCCCGCGCACGAGAAUCAUUCAUCGCUCCUCGCACAACCACCGAUAAUGGGAUCAGGCUGGUGAAUGGUUCGAGUAACUGUUGUGGUCGAGUGGAGAUCCAGCACAAUGGCCGCUGGGGAACAGUGUGUGAUGAUUACUGGGACUUAAAGGAUGCAGAGGUGGUGUGUAGACAGCUUGGAUGUGGUGAAGCCAUCAGCGCUCCUCGUAAUGCCCACUUUGGUGUGGGAAGUGGCCCAAUAUGGCUGGAUGAUGUUCAGUGUAAUGGAACAGAGAGACACAUAGAUCAGUGCUCACACAGAGGAUUUGGAGUAGAGAACUGUGGACAUGGUGAAGAUGCUGGAGUCGUGUGCUCAAACCUGCAGACUCCCACAUUGACUCGGAUCUCUCCAAACUCUGUGGUCUCACCUGGAGAAGUCCUUCAGUUCAGAUGUGCCACACCCAGCCCAACAUGCAUCUCUGUGGACUUCAGUUUAUAUAAAACUGGGACAUCAAUGAGGAAGCAAACUGCAGAGUCUACAACAACAUUUACUCUGACUGUAGAUGCCUCACAUCAGGGCCAGUACACCUGUGACUACUCAUACAGGGAAAGUAACUCCACAUCAUCCAGGAGCAACUCCAUUACCAUCACUGUGGUGCAUAACGCGAUCAGGCUGGUGAAUGGUCUGAGUAACUGUUGUGGUCGAGUGGAGAUCCAGCACAAAGCCCAGUGGGGAACAAUGUGUGAUCAUUCCUGGGACUUGAAGGAUGCAGAGGUGGUGUGUAGACAGCUUGGAUGUGGUAAAGCCGUCAGCGCACCUCGUAAUGCCCGCUUUGGUCAGGGAAGUGAACCAACCUGGCUGGAUGAUGUUCAGUGUACUGGAACUGAGAGCUACAUAGAUCAGUGCUCACACAGAGGAUUUGGAGUAGAGAGCUGUGGACAUGGUGAAGAUGCUGGAGUCGUGUGCUCAAACCUGCAGACUCCCACAUUGACUAGGAUCUCUCCAAACUCUGUGGUCUCACCUGGUGAAGUCCUUCAGUUCAGAUGUACCACACCCAGCCCAACAUGCAUCUCUGUGGACUUCAGUUUAUAUAAAACUGGGACAUCAAUGAGGAAGCAAACUGCAGAGUCUACAACAACAUUUACUCUGACUGUAGAUACCUCACAUCAGGGCCAGUACACCUGUGACUACUCAUACAGGGAAAGUAACUCCAUAUCAUCCAGGAGCAACUCCAUUACCAUCACUGUGGUGAAGCUGCAGCAGCCCAGUAUCUCCUUCAGUGCUGCUGGUGGACCAGAAGUGACAAGGGGCUAUGGCUUCUCCAUCAUCUGCUCCACUGAACGUCAGUAUCCAGGAGGUUCCUUCCACUUGAAGUUCAGUGGAUCCAACAUCACCAGAACUCAGUCAGCUGUUAAUCACUCAGCCGUCUUCCUGUUUCCUGAGGCAGAUUUUGUCCAUCAGGGAAUCUACAGCUGUACUUAUGAAGUUACCGUGUCCUCACGCACCUUUACUUCCACUACCACUGAGCUCCUGUUCAUCACUGUGAAAGGUGGCGCUAACAUACGACUUGCUGGUGGCAAUCACUCCUGCUCUGGUAGAGUGGAAGUGUAUUAUAAUAACCAGUGGGGAACAGUGUGUGAUGACAGUUGGGACAUGAAUGAUGCGCAGGUGGUGUGUAGACAGCUUGGAUGUGGUAAUGCUGUCAGCGCACCUCAAAGUGCCCACUUUGGUGAGGGAAGUGGCCCAAUAUGGCUGGAUGAUGUUCAGUGUAAUGGAACAGAGAGCUACAUAGAUCACUGUUCACACAGAGGAUUUGGAGUAGAGGACUGUGGACAUCAUGAAGAUGCUGGAGUCGUGUGCUCAAGCGGUAAUGAGAUCAGGCUGGUGAAUGGUCCGAGUAACUGUUGUGGUCGAGUGGAGAUCCAGCACAAUGGCUGUUGGGGAACAGUGUGUGAUCAUUCCUGGGACUUAAAGGAUGCAGAGGUGGUGUGUAGACAGCUUGGAUGUGGUGAAGCCGUCAGCGCUCCUCGUAAUGCCCGCUUUGGUCAGGGAAGUGAACCAACCUGGCUGGAUGAUGUUCAGUGUAAUGGAACUGAGAGCUACAUAGAUCACUGCUCACACAGAGGAUUUGGAGUGGAGAACUGUGGACAUGGUGAAGAUGCUGGAGUCGUGUGCUCAAACCUGCAGACUCCCACAUUGACUCGAAUCUCUCCAAACACUGUGGUCUCACCUGGAGAAGUCCUUCAGUUCAGAUGUACCACACCCAGCCCAACAUGCAUCUCUGUGGACUUCAGUUUGUAUAAAGAUGGGACUUCAAUAAAGAAGCAAACUGUAGAGUCUACAACAACAUUUACUCUGACUGUAGAUGCCUCACAUCAGGGCCAGUACACCUGUGACUACUCAUACAGGGAAAGUAACUCCACAUCAUCCAGGAGCAACUCCAUUACCAUCACUGUGGUGAAGCUGCAGCAGCCCAGUAUCUCUUUCAGUGCUGCUGGUGGACCAGAAGUGACAAGGGGCUAUGGCUUCUCCAUCAUCUGCUCAAUUGAACCUCAGUAUCCAGGAGGUUCCUUCCACUUGAAGUUCAGUGGAUCCAACAUCACCAGAACUCAGUCAGCUGUUAAUCACUCAGCCGUCUUCCUGUUUCCUGAGGCAGAUUUUGUCCAUCAGGGAAUCUACAGCUGUACUUAUGAAGUUAUCGUGUCCUCACGCACCUUUACUUCCACUACCACUGAGCUCCUGUUCAUCACUGUGAAAGAUGGCUCUAGCAUACGACUUGCUGAUGGCAGUAACUCCUGCUCAGGUAGAGUGGAGAUCCUGCACAAUGGCCAGUGGGGAACAGUGUGUGAUGACUACUGGGACCUAAAGGAUGCAGAGGUGGUGUGUAGACAGACUGACUGUGGUAGAGCCAUCAACCACACUUACAGUGCAAACUUUGGUCAGGGACUUGGCCCAAUAUGGCUGGAUGAUGUUAAUUGCUCUGGAAGUGAAAGUGACAUCACACAGUGCUCUCAUAAUGGAUUUGGAAAGCACAACUGUGGCCAUGGUGAAGAUGCAGGUGUUAUUUGCUCAGGCCCAGAUCUCAGGCUUGUGAAUGGUCCAAGUAACUGUUGUGGUCGAGUGGAGAUCCGAUACAAAGCCCAGUGGGGAACAGUGUGUGAUCAUUCCUGGGACUUAAAGGAUGCAGGAGUAGUGUGUAGACAGCUUGGAUGUGGUAAAGCCAUCAGCGCUCCUCGUAAUGCCCACUUUGGUCAGGGAAGUGAACCAACCUGGCUGGAUGAUGUUCAGUGUAAUGGAACUGAGAGCUACAUAGAUCAGUGCUCACACAGUGGAAUUGGAGUAGAGGACUGUGGACAUCAUGAAGAUGCUGGAGUCGUGUGCUCAAACAUGCAGAGUCCCACACUGACUCGAAUCUCUCCAAACUCUGUGGUCUCACCUGGAGAAGUCCUUCAGUUCAGAUGUACCACACCCAGCCCAACAUGCAUCUCUGUAGACUUCAAUUUGUAUAAAACUGGGACAUCAAUAAAGAAGCAAACUGCAGAGUCUACAACAACAUUUAAUCUGACUGUAGAUGCCUCACAUCAGGGCCAGUACACCUGUGACUAUUCAUACAGGGAAAGUAACUCCACAUCAUCCAGGAGCAACUCCAUUACCAUCACUGUGGUGAACUUGCAGCAGCCCAAUAUCUCCUUCAGUGCUGCUGAUGGAUGGUCUCAGUUUGGGCCUGAUGGAGCAGAAGUGAUAAGGGGCUAUGGCUUCUCCAUUGUCUGCUCCAUUGAACCACAGUAUCCAGGAGGUUCCUUCCACCUGGACUUCAGUGGAUCCAACAUCACCAAGACUCAGUCAGCUGUUAACCACUCAGCCACCUUCCUUUUUCCUGAGGCAGAUUUUGUCAUUCAGGGAAACUACAACUGUUCUUAUGAAGUUAACGUGUCUUCACGCACCUUUACCUCUACUACCACUGAACCCCUGACCAUCACUGUGAAAGAUGAUUGUAACAUACGACUCACUGGUGGCAGUCACUCCUGCUCAGGUAGAGUGGAGAUCCUGCACAAUGGCCAGUGGGGAACAGUGUGUGAUCAUGACUGGGACCUGAAUGAUGCAGAGGUGGUGUGUAGACAGCUUGGAUGUGGUAAAGCCAUCAAAGCCACUCAAAGUGCCCACUUUGGUUUGGGAAGUGGCCCAAAAUGGCUCCAUGAUGUUCGGUGUUCUGGAAAUGAAAGCGACAUCACACAGUGCUUUCAUAAAGGAUUUGGAUCACACAAGUGCGACCAUAGUGAAGAUGCUGGUGUUACUUGCUCAGUCAGUAACAUACGACUCUCUGAUGGCAGUCACUCCUGCUCUGGUAGAGUGGAGAUCCUGCACAAUGGCCAGUGGGGAACAGUGUGUGAUGAUGAGUGGGACAUAAAUGAUGCAGAGGUGGUGUGUAGACAGCUUGGAUGUGGUAAAGCUGUCAACACCACUCAAAGUGCCCACUUUGAUUGGGAAAGUGGCCCAAUAUGGCUGGAUGAUGUUCAGUGCUCUGGAAAUGAAAGCGACAUCACACAGUGCUCUCAUAAUGGAUUUGGAUCACACAACUGUGACCAUAGUGAAGAUGCUGGUGUUACUUGCUCAGACCUGCAGACUCCCACAUUGACUCAGAUCUCUCCAAACUCUGUGGUCUCACUUGGAGAAGUCCUUCAGUUCGGAUGUACUACACCCAGCCCAACAUGCAUCUCUGUGGACUUCAGGUUGUAUAAAGAUGGGACUUCAAUAAAGAAGCAAACUGCAGAGUCUACAACAACAUUUAAUCUGACUGUAGAUGCCUCACAUCGGGGCCAGUACACCUGUGACUACUCAUACAAGGAAAAUAACUCCAUAUCAUCCAGGAGCAACUCCAUUACCAUCACUGUGGUGAACUUGCUGCAGCCCAAUAUCUCCUUCAGUGCUGCUAAUGGACGGUUCCACUCGGGGUCUGAUGGACCAGAAGUGACAAGAAGCUACAGCUUCUCCAUCAUCUGCUCCACUAAACCUCAGUAUCCAGGAGGUUCCUUCCACUUGAAGUUCAGUGGAUCCAACAUCACAAGGACUCAGUCAACUGUUAAUCACUCAGCCGUCUUCAUGUUUCCUGAGGCAGAUUUUGGCCAUCAGGGAAUCUACAGCUGUACUUAUGAAGUUAACGUGUCCUCACGCACCUUUACCUCCACUACCUCUGAGCUCCUCUUCAUCACUGUGAAAGCAUCUCUGGCUCCAUACAUUGGUGUUGGAGUGACAGCAGGACUGCUUCUCAUGUUAGUUCCAGUCAUCAUUUGCUUUGUGAAGACACGGAAAAGACAAAAAUGUCGGACGGAUAAGAAGAAGGAUACACAGCGUGCCAAAGACACAUAUGAGACUCCCCAAGCAGAAGACGAGGCAGACAAUGAUUAUGAAGAAGAUUAUGAAAACGCAGAAGCUGUUUUCCACCAGAUGGAUGAUUCAGAUGACUCUGAUAAUGACUACGUUAAUGCUGAUGUUCUCAGGCAAAGUAAUUCUGUAGACUAUGACUAUGAGACAAAAGGUGAAGGAAUUUAUGCAAACUCUUGAGAGAGAAACAAUUAUCCAAUAUCCACAGUCCAGAAAGAAUAAAACGUUUAAAUUGCAUACUUUUUUUCUUCAUUAAAGUACUAAUUUUUAUUACAGGUGGUUUAAUUUACCUGGAUUUAAUAAUCAGUUUGUUUCCUCAUUCUGAACUGAAAACAAUA